AUGUUUUCCCGGAUUCAAAGUCUGGGACUGGCCGCUGUCCUGGAGGAUUGUUCAAACCAACUGGACGUAUUGGGACUGACCCUGGCGGUGCAGAUGGACAAGCAGAGAGGCCCUGCAGCGGAACAGGAAAAAGACAGAUUGACCAAGCUGAGGAUAUGCUGUCAGUCCGUCUCGCAGCAGGUGUUUAAGCUGCAUUCGGAGCUGGAGGAGAAGCAGAGCUGCAGUUCUUUUUUGAAGGUGGUGGAAGAAGUGGAGCAGAGGAAGAAGGCUGAGGUCACGAGAAGAGAGGCAAAGCCAGAGCUGAAGCAAAGAACUCAAACUCUACAGAGACAGCAAGAAGAGUUACAUCAAAAAGAAAAGACACUGAAGGACAUGUCCCUUCUGUCCAGAGACCUGAAUGAUCAGCUGAAUGUGCAGUCAUCAAGGAAAAAGUUUGAGGAGAAAAUCAGGGUGCUGGAUAUACUGAGGGACGCCAAACUGGCUGAGGAGCUGGAGGACCAGCGCGAGCUGCUGCAGAUCAAGUUGAAGCAGGAGAAGGAUGUUCACGAAAGGUCUGUGAAAUUCCUUCAAAGUCGUCACAAGGAUUUGCAGCAGCAGCUGCAGCAGUUGCAGCAGAGCACUGGACCGAUGCUGCAGGAGAAGGAGCAAGAGCUCAACAGCCUGUGCUGCAAGAGAGCCGUGAAUUUGGACAGGCUGUCAGAGAUGAGGAGAAAGGUCAGGGAGAUGGAGCAGGUGGUGUUGGAGGAGCAGGAGGAGCUGAGGAAGCUGCGUCGACAGCAGGCGGAGGCCAGAGCUGCCACCAAGAUUCAGGCUUGGUGGAGAGGCUGCAUGGUCCGCCAGGGCCUCGGCAGUUUCAAAAAAGCAGACGACAAGAAAGGCAAGAAGAAAGGAAAGAAGACAAAGGAAGAGAAGAAGACGAAGAAGGCAGUAAAGAAGAAUAGGAACUGAGUACAUAAUACAAAUUAUGUAUUGUAUGAAAAAAUGUUUUUGUCAAUUCAAACAAGCAGUCUUUAACUAAAUAAAAAUAAUAAAUAAAUACAAUAAUCCAAAUAAAAUAUUUCAGGCAAACAAGAAAAGUAGUAAAGUAUUCUAUCAUAUAUAAACAUUUCAGCAGACAUAAUAAAAGCACCUUGAGUCAAAGUCCUAUUAUUCCAUAUCAUUAAUGCAAGAAAUAUAAAUGACUUCUGGCAAUCAAAACUACUAAGUACUGUUAAUGACCAAGGGCCAUACACUUAAAAACAUGUUAAUGCCUGUAUCAUGUCAUGAUAAGGCUUUCCGUCAGACUCACAGUACUUGAAUACAGAUAAUAUAAAAAUUCCACAUAAACUGUCUCUUUUAACAGAGUACAGCAGUAAGCGUAUCAAAGAGACGGGACUCAUCAAAACG